GGUUGUAUUUGCUCCCUGUGCAGAUCCCAGCUGCGAGAUGGUUGCCAUGUCCUCCCUGCGGCUCAGUCACUUUGGACUUUAAUUGGUCCUUUGUGACUGCAUUUGUCGACGCUUUCGCUCGGCGUCUUCGACACAAUUUGACUGCUGUUCCUGCGGCUGUGGCUUCCAUCAACCCCAAAGCUCGGACUCUGAUACUGACGACGAUAUCAGCUGCCAAAACAGGCAGCUCCCCUCGCCAGAUUCGAGAUUCCAGAUUCCGGAGCUGCUGCCUCUUUAUUGUUAUUGUUAUUAUUUUGGGCUUUUUCAUUCGUUCCACGCAGCUUACCCAGAUUAGCUGGCUGUUAUUGUAGUUUACCCGGCCCCGAAUUUAUUGCCUCCUUCUUGCGUAUUCCGGCCUCGUUGCUUCAUUUGCCUCCAAUUCAGCUGGGUGACUUGUGAUUUCCCUGCCCAUCCUGCCCACCCUCCACUCGCUUUAUUCUUUUUACUGCUAAUAAGAUUUUGGCCCUUCUAAUGGCCUUGAGAAUGAAUGAGGCGAGCAGGGCGGCGAAAUGAUGAAAAUGUGGGGUGGAUAGAGCUCUGUUUUAAUUGAGUUUGUGCCCUAUUCAAAUUGGCAUAGAAAUUAAUUUCAAUUAACUUGGCAGUCUUUUCGAGGAGGUUUUCUCUCCUUGGCAAGUUGUGCAGCAUACUUCUUGGGGCCAAAAGAGGGUUAGCAUUUUGGGGAAAUCCCCUAAACGUUCAAGUGCCUUUCGAAGUGAAAAAGUUGUCUAAAACUUUCAAUUUAUCCGCUUUAAACGUUUAACGAAGCUACACAAAAUGCAACUUGUAUAUGUGUCAACUUAAGUUCGUGAAAUCGUUGGUAUUUACACGGCACCUGACAUAAUUUAAGUGUACAUGGGAAAUCAGAAUUAAGUUAUCUUUUCUCAAGUGUUCACAAAAAUUGGUUUUACAUACAAAUACAUACAUACAUCCAUACACUACAUAAAAUCCUUAUUGACCCAGUGGAUUGCCCCAGAGAAACCAACCCAAAUUUAAAGUUUACAAACGAACAGAGAAAAAAGUAUCCUUUUUUGUCUACUCACGCUGCUGGGAAGAAGGAGAAAGGAACCAGGAGCCGGAGGACGACAGCUCCACAAUGAACCGGAGGAGGAUGGACCUGUGCGUGGACAACGUGGUGAGUGACCUGUGUCUGGGACACUACGAGCAGGCGCUGAGGCGGAUCAACGAGGGUCUGGAUGGCUUACAAGAUCACGAGGAGAUCAUGGCGCUACUAGAGCUGAAGAACAUUCUCGUGAGACUCAGACUGAAGGGCGAGGCCCAGCGGACCAUAGGCCCAACUCGCCAAUCGGACGCCCUGCCCCACGGAUUCACUCUCGCGAUGCUGGACGUGGUGCAGAAGGUACUGCAAUGCCGCAAUCACUAUGAGGUGCUGCGCGUCUCUCACUAUGCCACCUACUCGGAGGUGAAGCGGGCCUACCACAAGCUGGCCCUGCGUCUCCAUCCGGACAAGAAUAAAUCCCCUGGGGCUGAGCAGGCCUUUCGCCGCAUCAGCGAGGCGGCUGACUGCCUCACGGACUGCCAAAAACGAAUUGAGUACAACAUAGCAACGGCAGUGGGUGACCAAUGCCACGACCAGGAUCGCUCAGAGUAUAAGGAUUAUGCCGGGGAGAGCGAAAUCCAUAAGGAAGAUUAUGCCGAUCAGGAAGCCGCUUUUCGCCGACCUUAUCAGUCGGCCAAUCAGCGGAUGCCCCAGCGACAGUCACUUUACCAAACAGAGCAACUCGUCAUCGGAGUGGUGGCUGCUCUGGUUUUCCUCUUCGUCACCAUGCACUACAUCACAGCCGCUCCUGCUUACAGUUUCACGCCAACCAGAACCCACAGCUUUCGUCGGCUCAGUCAGACGAGGCAUGUGGCCUACUACAUGAGCCCGACGGAUCUGUCCAAGUACACAGAACAGCAGUUGGCCAAACUGGAAGCAGAAAUCGAGGAGGUUUACAUCUCGGACCUCACACAAAGGUGCAGGCAAGAGCGGACUUUGAGUGAGGACUAUAAAACUUUGUCCAGUUACCAGCACUUCAAAUUACAUCUGCUUCCAGGGGAUACUUUGUUCCUUAGGGCGAGACAGGGAAACAACCAGAAGUUGCUCCAGCAUGUCGGCCACAUGCCCACUCCCGCCUGCCAGGCGUUACUCCAGCUGGGAAGGUCUAGUCACAACCCACUGCUGCUGGAGAAUGAGUCUGUGAAGGAGGUCUAGUCCACCACUGAUAGUCUCUAGUAUUUUAUAGACAGAUGUAAGGAUUAACGCACCGUGUAAAUAAAGAGUAGCUUAUAAAAAUA